ACGUCAUGUGAGUGGUGACGUCAGACAGGAACCAGUGGAAGGGAGCCUGACAAAUCAAGAUGGCGUCCCUCGGCAGAAAAGGAAAGAUAUUUCAUAAAAAAUAAAACAUUUUCGACCCUAAUUCUAAUUGCAGCAACACACCGAUAAGGAAUAAAGUCACAUUUGUAAGAGCAAGACGAGGCAGAUGCAGAGUAUCUAAAUGGCUACAAGGAAGUCUGUAUCAGAUGCAUACAACAAUGGACCCAUCAGCUACCUUGAUGAUGUUCCCUUCAAGGUCAAUGAAAAGUUUCGCUGCCCUGCUAAGGUGGGGCUACCUGUUGGCUUUUGUCUGCCAGACUGCAGCUCUCUGUUGGUGGACACAGAGUAUGACUUUUGUCUGGAGAAGCGAAGUGUUCGCUGGGGGAUGGAGCUUGCUGAAGCGCGAGCAGCGGAGGCACGAGCAGAAGAGGCCACUGCGAAACAGGAGGCAGAAAAUCAAGAAUGCUUGGCUCAGUCUGAGGACAUUAAUGGUGGUAGAGGGAAGAUACCCCAGUCUGCUGUUGAAGACCAUGACCCUCCUCCACCAGCAAUGAACCCUGUCCUUGCAGGACUGAGCCAUGAUGCUAUACUCACACCUCUGCCUGCCCCAAGUCUUGGUCCAAGGAAAAUUCAACCUAGCACUCAUCAGCCACAUGGGCUCAACCUGGCUGACUUUGAGCGGGAAGAAGACCCCUUUGACAAGCUAGAGCUUAAAACAUUGGACGAUAAAGAGGAGCUUAGAAGCAUUCUCCAGAGCCAGCCUCAACCUGCUCCUUCUGUAUCCCCUCUGGAUGGGUCCCAGCAAGGCCCCGCUUCACGUGGAAACAGCCCAUCUCCUCCCACCAACACCAGCGUUCCCGUGAAAGCAGGCUUUGCCCAUAAACCCAAUGGCUUGGUUCCCUUGAUGGAUAUGGACAGAGUUGGGCAUCAUGUAAGGUUAAGUUUUGAAGUGGAGGAUCGACCCUGCAACAUCCGCUCCCUGACUUUUCCCAAACUUUCGGAUUCUGGGGAUCCCGAACCAGUAAGAAACAGCCCACACCUCGCACCCAUGCCUGCUCCCCAACAGAACCUACCCAAUGGCAGCCCCCCGAUUAUACCCACGUCCCAGGUUAUUGUUGCCCCUGAGCACCUAAGCUUCAGUAAGAGUGGUGGACCAAAACAGGUAAACUCGGGGUUAGGUUCUGCUGGCUUGCCAUGUGGGGGAGCCUUGCUGAGCAUGACCCCUGGUGAGCGCCAGUGUGUGGAAACCCUUGUGGGCAUGGGUUAUUCUUAUGAGGGUGUUCUUCGGGCCAUGCAACGACAAGGGCAGAAUGUGGAGCAGGUACUGGAUUAUCUCUUUGUCCAUGGACGUCUGUGUGAGCGGGGCUUCGAUGCAAGCGCUGUGGAGGAAUGUUUAGAGAUGUACCAAUGCUCAGAAGAAAAGGCAUUGCAGUUCCUUGAGCUGAUGUCGAGAUUUGGAGAAAUGGGAUUCGAGCGGGAGGCCAUCAAGGAGGUGCUGCUGGUCCACAACAAUGAUCAGGACAAGGCGCUAGAGGACCUGAUGGCUCGGGCUGCAGCUAGCUGAGCCAAGCUAAUGAAGCAACCGCUGCAGGGCCUGCUUCUUGUUACCACCUCAAACAGCGCCUUUUUUCUGCCCACCCAAUCACACCAUGCCCUGCAGCAUGUGCUUGCCUUGGCUGUGGAAGGGACAACUGAGAGAACAGUUGUUUCUCUCUGUGCUAAACUGUAUUGUUUCUCAAGCACUUUAAGAUGGUGUGCCAAGAGUAACAAUACUUGACAGCGGUGUUUCUUUCUAAUAAAUACUGAGGUGAUAUUCUAGGAACUGGUACUGCUAGGGUACUAACGAAUAGAGAGGAGGACCUAGAAGAAUUGGGCUGUUGGCUUUGAUGCCAUUUAUAUUUGCUUCCACUUGGAAGUGUUGAGCUGACUGUAGGUCAGAAUUUGCCGGUCAACACUCUUGAAACUGAUUAACAACCAAGUUGCCAUCUUCCACUGCUCAGUGCAGAGCUAGUAAAUGGUGGAAAGGAUAAGGGGUUUUCUUGAAAUUGAACUAAGAAACAUCACAAGUACAAAAACAGAAGAUGAAAUUCAAAGGCACAGUGACCGGACGGAGAAAGAAGUGACUCAAGAAGUGCCCUCUCUGUUUCGGUGCACUGUACCUUCUCCUACUUUCAUUUGUUUUUCUCUGUUCAUUUGGGCACUUUUUCAUGUCAGUUUCUGUAUUUCACAUUAUUUGAUUUAGUAUCGCUUUAUUAAGAAUUCAUCAUUGCAACCCAGAAAAUAAGUGAUACUACUGCUCCAGUUUGCGCUUUUAGCUGCACUGAAACAACCUGCUGCAUGAGCAGCAAGAGAUGGAGGAUCUCGCUCCUCCUGGUUAAACAGUAUAAUAAAUCUCCUACAUCCCACUGACAUUGACAUGUCACACUGCACCAACACUUGUUUCAUAAUUAUCAUUUUAUUUAAAAAAGUACACUGAUACUUUAAUUUUUACAUAUAGAGUUUGACAAUGUAAGGCAUGAAAAGGAUGACGCGCUGUGGCGGCCCCUAAAGGGUCAAGCCGAAAGGAAAAGAAGGAGUUGACUGGCACUUUGAGCCGCUCUUGUUGUUGGGAGAUCUGGAACAGUCUUUAAGUCUCGCAGGAAAUUUGGAUGUAACUUGACAAGUUUUGAUAUUAGUGAUUUUUCUCAUGCCAUUUAUCUAAUCAAACAUGACUUACGUUGGUUCCUUGUUCAUAUGUUUUGAGAAAUAAUCUUAUUGAGAUUUGUUGCCAACACUAUUGUCUUAGAUAAAAAGUGUGUGUGUGUGGGGGGGGGGGCUUUAUCUUAGUAACUGCACAAUAGGUCUUGUGAGUUGGCAAGAUAAUGAGACAGCAGAGUGCACAACCCCCACCUCCCUCCAAAAAAUAUCAAGGUAGUAUUAUCAAAGGAAAAAAACAUUUUACACAUGUCCAACAAUAUCAAGUAAGAAUGAAAUCAGUACACUUCCCUGCCAGAGCACCAGUCACACUAUUCCACUGAUGUUGUUUAAGCAUAAAGUCUAUAUUUUGAACAUUAUUUGACCCAGAAUGGCCAAAGUAGCUAAGAUGUCAAUUUGCAGACAGGAAUAAUCUCAAACUAGUAUGCAGAACUGUAGGCAUUAUCAACACAAAACAUUUGUCACUUUUCAACUGUUAACAUCCAUCUUAAAUUAUUCAAUUCAGUGCAGCUUUAUCUGUUGUUUGGGUUAAACAUUUUUAUUUUUUUUUAAUGAAUUUGACAUGACCAAAGAAAAUCUGUCCUGGCCCUACUUUCCUCACUACAACUUAGAAGGUAAGUGGACAAUGCUACUCCACAAAAUUGAGAGUGACAUACACAAUUUGAUGGCAUUGGGAUCGGAUGUGCAGUUGCUUUUUGGGCCUUAUCCAUUAAUGUCUCAUGCUGUGGUAUAGGUUCAAGUUUAAGGGUUGGCAAAUACAGCACUUCUAAUUUAUCACCCAAA